GCUCAGUAGAUGGGUUGGGUUCUCUGAUGGGCGCGCAAUGCGAAUUGUUACGGCUGAGCAGCGGCCAUGUUUGACGUCCGUUCUUCUGUUUUUUGUAAUACACUCCUAAGCGAAGUAGUUGAAAAGUCAAAAUGGAAGAAAUACGUUUGGAAGCGAACGGAUGCUCCCAGGGUGUUGCAAAUGAAGUGAAUCAAAAUGAAGUCAACACAGUGGCAUCUAAAAGAUGCUCCACAAGCUCGACUGCCAGCGUCGGCACAGGUACGCCACCCAAGUCACUCCGUUUGGAGCCCCCGUUGUCCAGUGCACAGACACCAGAUACGGAGGAAGCCAAUACAGACGCAGAUACAGAGAAACAGCUGAUUAACAUGGAGAAUACUGACGGUCCAAGUGUUCCUGACCACCCUGCAGCACUGGGGAAAUCCUGGAGGAGGGCCACUCUAACCAGACGUUCUUUACCUGCACUUCCCAAUCCCUAUCGGGUUUUAUGCAGGAGCAUAAGUGCGUCCUUGUCAGAGCAGGAAAGGCUGGAAAAGUUAAUGGAGGCUUCCAUGAGGUUGGCACUUGACAGAGCUCAAAAUUCUCUCCAGCGUGUGUCAAACACUUCUCUUGAGUGUUUCCAAAAACAAGUCAAACAUAUGGAGAAAGAGUGGAGUUAUCUGGCCAAAAGCAUUCGCAGUGAAGCACAGAGCCACCAGUCCUCUACUGAAACGAUUUCUUGCGAACCAGCUGUGCAGAAAGCCACAGAAAAAAUCCAGAAAGCAAUCAACAGGCUUCAGGCAGAAAGUGUAACAUGGGAGUCUCUACUGAAUAAACACCGAUGUAAAGCAGAGGAACUGAAAAGAAAAGUGGAGGAGGGCCAAGAGGGGGGCAUAUUCCUGGACUCUACAUGUGUGACCCAGUCUUCACAGCAUUUGUUCAUUCAGAGCAAACCGGAUUACUACAAUCUCCUCCGCAGACAAGAGCCUAAGCUUCACACUGUAGCAUUGAUUAUGGACACUCAGUGUAAGAUAGUUAGAGAACUUCUCUCAGUCAAGAAACAGUCGGAGUUGUUGGUGAAAGAGACCAGCCGUCGAUUGGUGGCAGAGGCAGGACUUCAGGACCUUUCACCUGAUUCCUUGAAGAACCUGAUGUUAGUACCUUCCUCCUUCGCAACUUUAUAAUUACUGCAGAAGCUUUAUAUUGGGGGAAAAGAUCUCCCAACAAUAUUUGUAUAUGAUGUAUAUGUGUUGUAUUGCUUUUGUGGUUUUAAACAACAAUCUUAGCUCGAUUUUUUUUUCUUUUCAUUUAAAUAUAAAUUUUAGGUUAGCUUGUGUUUCAUUUUACAAACCAAGACAGCUUCGAGACUGUCAUUGUGGCAACAGUGAGUAGUACAUGUACUUUACCAGCAGGUGGGGGUAGUUAGCUGCAUAAACAUUGGGUGAACCGCUUAUUGACUGGGUUACUCUUUAUUAUUUAAAAGUUGACGUAAGCACCUUUUUUUGUCUUGAAAAUAACUAAAUGUUACAAAAUAGCUAAUGAGAAACUGAACUUAAAUAAAAUCAUUCAUCACA